UUGAUGCUAGUGGCUGCGUAAUGACAGGAGGCGGCGGCAGGUGAACGAUUAACAGCGUUCACUUUUCUCCGUCCCUCCUCUUUAAAAAUAAAUAAACUGAAAGUUACUGUGAGCGGAGAUGUUCCGCAGUGACUGACGGGCUCCAGUUUACACAUAAAAACCAUUAUUUCAUUCAAACUGUGGAUCAACACGAAAGCGCGCCGCGGGAGUUUGGACUUAGCAGGUCGGUCGCAGUGAGAAAAGGAACCUCGGAGCAGCAGCCAUGUUGUCGGGGGAGGAGAUUCUGUGUAGCACGCAGCAGGUGAUCGCAGGGCUGGAGGCGCUGAGAGGGGAGAACCGCAGCCUGCUGGAGAGCCUGCAGGAGGCGCUGGAGAGCCGGGCGGUGCCAGAGAGCAGCAGCGUUGAGCAGGAGAAGACCAGCAUCAUCCACCAGUCGCUGGAGAGGAUAGAGCUGGGGCUGAGUGAGGCACAGGUGAUGAUGGCGUUGUCAGCUCACCUCGGUUCUCUGGAGGCAGAGAAACAAAAGCUACGAGCUCAGGUUCGUCGUCUCUGUCAGGAGAACCAGUGGUUGAGGGAUGAGCUGGCUGGCGCUCAGCAGCGGCUUCAGGACACGGAGCAGGAGGUGGUCACCCUCGAGGAGCAGAACAGACACCUGCAGUUCAUGUCCUCCAUACGCAAGUAUGACCAGGAUGAGCCGCCUCUGGAUGACAAAGACACUUCCUCCAACAAAGAGUCUCUGGAUGACCUCUUUCCUGCUGAGGAUGAGGAGCAGUCUUCGAUGUCCCAGCCUCACCACAGCAGUGCAGCAGCUGCAGCCCAGCAGGGCGGCUACGAGAUCCCCGCCCGCCUUCGAACGCUCCAUAACCUGGUCAUCCAGUACGCAUCCCAGGGACGAUAUGAGGUCGCGGUACCGCUGUGCAAACAGGCUUUGGAAGACCUGGAAAAGUCCUCUGGCCACACUCACCCAGACGUAGCCACCAUGCUCAAUAUACUGGCGCUGGUGUACAGAGAUCAGAACAAAUACAAAGAGGCCGCCAACCUGCUGAACGAUGCUUUGGCCAUCAGGGAGAAAACUCUUGGGAUGGACCAUCCGGCUGUGGCAGCGACGCUCAACAACCUGGCAGUGCUUUAUGGGAAAAGAGGAAAAUACAAGGAAGCAGAGCCGCUUUGUAAAAGAGCUCUAGAGAUCAGAGAGAAAGUUCUCGGUACAGAUCAUCCAGAUGUGGCCAAACAGCUGAACAACCUGGCUCUGCUGUGUCAGAACCAGGGGAAGUACCAGGAAGUGGAGCAGUACUACGAGCGCGCUCUGCACAUCUACCAGAGCAAGCUGGGACCAGACGACGCCAACGUGGCUAAAACCAAGAACAACCUGGCAUCAUGUUAUCUUAAGCAGGGGAAAUACAGACAAGCUGAAGCUCUUUACAAAGACAUCCUGACCAGAGCGCAUGAAAAGGAGUUCGGGUCUGUUGAAGGUGACGGGCGUCCCAGCUGGUCCGGCGUGGUGGAGGACGGUGGGUCCACACAGGACGGACUUAAGCGCAGUGGCUCCUUCACCAAACUCAGAGAGUCGAUCAGGCGAAGCAGCGAGAAACUGGUCCGAAAGCUGAAAGGAGUCGGAAUGGAGGAAACAACCCCAAGGAAUGCUGGGAUGAAGAGGGCAAACUCGCUGAAUGUUUUGAACGUUGGCGUCAGAGAAAGUCAGGAUGGCAGCGAGUCGAGUCAGCUGACGGAUACUCGAGGCUUGAGCUCCAGCACUCAGAGUCUGAUGAGAAGAGGCUCACUCGGUGGGAACAGCUAACGCAAAAAUAAGAAUAUCCCCUAAAAACGCAACACCUUUCAAAGAUGACGAUCGGCACAGAGCAGUGUGUUUAAUCAGUGUGGGAACAUCAGGCCUGAGUGGAUUCAUCAUUUUUAGUCUUCAAGGAAAAAAGAUAAUUGACUCGACUAAGAUGCUUCCAAAAAUCUGACUUUUAAAAUUAGUUUGUUUCAUUCUAAAAACGCAC